GUCCAUAACACCCAUACUCAUACACCACGCAGGCCUCGAACCAAGCCCAGUCAGACACACAAAAUACCUUACAUGGCUACAUCAUGGCUACAUACGCACAUCACUUGUCUUGGCCUUUUAAUACCCUCACUACUACUCCCUAAGGUGGAUCAGAACCAGAUGAAGAUAUUGCCGAUAAGUAAAGUUUUUCCUUUCUCUCUCUCUCUUCGUUUCUCCCCUCAUUUGCUUAGCCUCAUUUGAAGCUCUACCAGCUUCGGACAUUUUCAACCAUCAGUCCGCUGG